AUGGAGGAUCAAAAGAAACCAAAUAAGGAUGAUCCGGAAUUGGAUCCAUCCCAUGCGGUUGAGCUGAAACUGGCAUACCCUUAUACUAUUUUCCACAAAUUUGAGAAAUUUCAACUCAUUAUCAUUUUAAGUCUUGUUGGAUUUUGGAGUACUGUUAGUUCACCAAUUUAUUUCCCAGCAUUACCUACAUUAACCGAGUAUUUCAACACUACGGAAGACAUUAUCAACAUUUCAGUUGUGUGCUACCUUUUGCUUCAAGGAAUAACACCAACUAUUUCGUCAAAUCUAGCUGACACAUUUGGUAGACGACCAGUGAUAUUGGCGAGUAUCUUGGUUUUCAUUGCUGCUUGUAUUGCUCUUUCGCAGACAAAUGUGUAUUGGCUAUUAGCAGUAUUAAGAUGUAUACAAGCUGCCGGGAUUGCUCCUGUGAUUGCUAUUAGUUCAGGUGUUUCUGGAGAUGUUUGCACACCCGAAAAUCGUGGCGGAAUGGUGGGCACUGUAUCUGGAUUGCAAUUAUUGGGUAAUGGUCUUGGUGGGUUGCUUGGAGCCGCCUUAAUUAGUGGCUUCCAUACUUGGAGAUCAAUAUUUGUGUUUUUAGCCAUUGGUGGAGGAGUAACAUUUGUGUUGGCAUUUUUCAUUCUUGCAGAAACAUCGAGACGUAUUGUAGGUAAUGGGACCGUGAUGCCAAAGAAUCCGAUUCAUAAAUCAAUGACCAUUUAUUUGCCUUCAUUUCAAAAGAAGAUGACUAAUGAUUACGUUACGAUUGCCCAUAAGAAGCCAUUUGAUAUUUUUGGCCCCUUCCGUAUUUUCAUCCAAAAGGAGAUAUUCUUGACAUUGUUGCCUUCGGGCUUGCAUUUUGCAGCUUGGACAAUGGUGUUGACUUCAUUAUCAACUGAACUAGAGUCAUCAAAAUACAAUUACAGUGUUAUGCAUGUGGGUCUUAUUUACUUACCACAAGGAAUUGCUUGUCUCGUUGGAUCCAUGUCUGUUGGCAGAUUCAUGAACUGGUAUUACAGAAGGCGUAAAGCUGCUUAUGAUAAACAAGUCGAGGAACUACCUUUGGAUCAAAGACCGCCCUUUAACCAAGUUGCAACAAGACUAACAUUGUGCGUUGCCCCCGCCUUGCUAAUGAUCAUUGGGUUGGUGAUUUUUGGAUGGUGCAUUGAAUACAAUAGACACAUCAUUUCAAUCAUUGUAUCCACCAUUUUAAUUGCAUUUUCUUCGUCAGUAUUUAUUUCGAUAUGUACUACAUUACUUGUUGAUUUACACCCGGGUCAAGGCAGUGCCUCAACCAGUUGUUUAAACUUGAUGAGGUGUUGGUUAGCCGCUUUGGGUGUGGGAGUAUUGGACCGCAUGAUUGAUGCUAUGAAUUUGGGUGGAACUUAUACACUAGUGGCUGGGUUUUGCCUUUUGUUUGACUUGUGCUUGAUUUACGUUCUCCAUUCAGCCAGUAAAAGAAUCAAAGAGCACCAUAAAGUAGGAUAG